AUGGACACGCAAGUAGCUCAUGCAAAUGGAAUCCAUGGCAAAGAAAAGCUUAUCAAUCAUGAACAUAAAGUACCGUCUGAAGAGGAGAAGAAUUCGUCUCCAUUGCUCGUUAAGACGAACGAUUUUAAGUACAUAGAUUCGUAUAGUGAUGAUAAACAUGACUUGAGUGAAGCAAACAAGUCUAGGAGUGAUCUCAAUACUAUAAACUCGAUGAAGACGGAAGACGUGCAUAAUAACUUGACUGUGAGCUAUCACAAUGAUAAGAAUGAUGAUGACGCCAGGUCGAAUAAUGAAAGGGUCAAGUUUGUUGGUUUGGAAGACGCUGAUAGUAUUUGCUCUAGCAAACAACCAGAACCCGGGCCUCAAAUCCCUGAUGGCGGCUGGGGUUGGGUCGUUGUGGCUGCAUCCUUCCUAAUCGCCACUGUGGCUGAUGGACUUGCAUUCUCAUAUGGCUUGCUUCAAAUCAAAUUUGUCGAUUUCUUUGAGAAAAGUGAAGCGAAGACCUCUUUGAUCGGAAGUCUCUUUAUAUCGGUGCCAUUAAUAGCGGGUCCCAUAAUGAGCGCGUUGGUAGAUCGUUAUGGAUGUAAAAAAAUGACAAUAGUUGGGGGUAUAGCUUCUACUAUAGGUUUUGUUGCGGCGUCGUACAGUAAUACAGUGGAAACUUUGUACAUUACUUAUGGUAUAGUAGCUGGAUUGGGCAUGGGGCUUUUAUAUGUGACCGCAGUAGUGUCUAUUGCGUACUGGUUUGAGAAGCGUCGUAAUUUAGCCGUUGGAUUGGGAUCUUGUGGAGUUGGCUUUGGAACAUUCAUAUACUCUCCUUUAACAACAUAUUUGCUUGAUGAAUAUGGGUGGAGAGGAGCUCUAUUAUUGCUGGCUGGCACGGUACUUAACGUUUGUGUAUGCGGCGCGGUUAUGAGAGAUCCUGAAUGGCUUAUCGUUGAGCAAAAAAAGCAGAGAAAACUAAGUAAAUCUAAACGAGGAUCCAGUUCUACGUCGAUUUCUGCCAAAUCCGGCGGCGCUGAAUCCGUGUAUCCUGGUGCUGAGGAAUUAAAAAGCUUGAUUAAUAGUGGCGAAGCACCUGAACAUAUACUCUCUGCACUGAUAUCAGCUAUAGCGGAGGCUGAAAACGUAGAGGCGGUGACGAAAAUGAACGCCGAUUUGACACAACAACAGAAAGUCAGUUCUGUUUUAAAUCUACCAACGUUUUUGAAACAAAGCGAAAGGUUGCCACCUGAAGUUAUAGAUCAACUCGCGAGUAACGAGCGGCUGUAUAACAUAAUACUUCAGAAUUAUCCGUCUUUACUAGCCUUGAGGACUGGCUCGGAUUCCAAGCUUACUUCAGAGCCGCUUUCAAAGGAGAAGCUUAAAAAGAAACAGAAGAAAGAAUUCGAUAAGAAAUUGGAAAGAGUUAAAGAGAAAUUAUUGCAGCCGAUACCUGAAAACAGCCCAGCGGUGAUCACACCUAAAACCUGGCACCAGGAUUGGUUCGCCAAACAGUUUCAAACAGACCAUCACUAUCUAAAAGGAAUUCGGGUUCAUCGUAACUCCAUAAUGCAUCGCGGUGCUAUGAUGAACAUCGCUAAAUACAAGCUGCGGGCUUCGUCUUGUCCUGAUAUUUAUAAGAAUUCAAUGUGGUCUGUUGAAGAUCAGGAGGAAAAGACCUGGGGCAAGAAGAUACUGCACGCUAUCAACAAAACAUUCGACUUCAACAUGUUCACUGAGUUCCAUUUUCUCAUGAUGAACCUUUCAACCUUGGUGCUGUUCAUUUGGUUUAUUGUACCAUAUUUCUACAUUUCCACGUUCAUGGAAGCCAACGGCUACACUGAAACCCAAGGAUCCUUAAUGCUCAGUGUCUUUGGCGUCGCAACCAUCAUUGGCAUUGUCGGACUUGGCUGGAUAGGCGAUCUUCCAUGGGUCAACAUAACGAAGACAUACGCCAUGUGUUUAGUAGCUUGCGGCAUAACGAUCGUGCUGUUCCCUAUUCUGAUACGUGUUAUGGAUGCAAGGGAGACUUACAGCUUCUAUAUACUAGCUCUGAACUCAUUGUUCUUCGGACUAACAUUCUCCAGUUCAUAUUCUUAUACGCCGAGUAUUCUGGUGGAAUUGAUAGCGUUGGAGCGUUUCACUAUGGCGUAUGGAUUGGUGCUGUUGAGUCAAGGGAUUGGACAUUUGAUCGGACCGCCCAUGGCUGGUGCCUUAAAAGACAGGACUGGAUACUGGGACGCGGCGUUCUACGUCGCGGGGAUAUGGGUCGUUGUCUCUGGUUUGUUGGUAGCUGUGAUACCAUAUACGAAAAACUUCAGAAUCAUUGGUAACGCACCGCUGGCUAAAGACGUCGCUGUGGACCCCGAACCCGGUGUUAAGAUUAUUAUAGCUCAUUAG